AUCAAGGACAGCUGGUCCUCUACUGCGCAUUGGUAUACUGCAAGCAGAAGUAUAUACACAUAAAUACAAUUCCCUGAAUUGACGACUGUAUCUGCUCAACUCUAUCCACCAUGGGAUCCAGCGCGAAGAAAAAGAAGGAAAAGCAGAAAGAUUUCACGAGAGCCAAACUCAAGGUCGGAAAAGCCAAAGGCAAACCUGAGAACUUCACCGACACCAGUUUCAAAUCGAAAGGAAUCGUCCUGAACCAACAAUCCCUAACCUUAAGCGCCCCAACCUCGAACACACAAUUCACACACCACAUCUCCCUCCUCAGCUCCAAAUCCGACUCUCAACGCCGCGACUCCCUCGCUCAUCUAACAACCUCCAUCAGCUCGCGACCCGUCAACUCUCCCCUCCCGCAACCAGUCAGCGUCAUCUUGCCCACCCUCCUCCCCCUAAUCCUCGAUGCAAACACAGGUGUCCGCACCCAACUCCUCAAACUCUUCCGCUCCCUCCCGCAAUCUGACAUCCGAGACCACGUCCCCCAACUCCUCCCCUACAUCCGCGCCGGCAUGACGCACCUCGCAGCCGACAUCCGCGUCUCAGCCGUGGAAGUCCUCUCCUGGCUCCUCGAAGUAGCUGGCACAGAAGUCGUCUCCAGCGCCGGCGGCUGGAUCAAAACGCUCAACUGCUUCCUCUCCGUCCUGGGCUGGCACACGGAGGAAUCGGCCAAGUGGUCUGCAAGCCGCGCCUCGUUCGGAAAAGCAGGUGCCAAGGGCCAGCCCAUGAUGAAGGUGUUGACUGUUCUGGCCGAGUUCUUAAAUGCGGGCAUUGGCGCGCCCGCUAAUGAAGCGCAGGAUGUGGAUAUGCUGGGUUCUGGGGGUGUGGCGGGGUGGGAGUUUCCCCUCUGUCAGACGGCUGUGCAUAUGGUUCCCGAUACGGCUGCGCCGUAUGCUUAUUUGAAUUUGUUCGGGCAGCCAAGAGAUGAAGAGGGCGAGAUGUAUGAGACUUGGGAGGAUCGGUAUCGGGUCUUUUCGAAUCGGUUUUUGCCGGCUAUCCAGCGGGGGUUGGAGAACGCCAGGCAGGAGGGAGGUGAGAUGGGGAGAGCUAGUUCUGGGGCGAGUAAGGUGUUGAAGGAGGCUGUUGCUUAUGGGCAGGGAAUUGCGGUGUGAUUGGGGGUCUGGAUUGGUUUAUCUGCGAUAUGCUACGUUCCUUGCAUAGUUUUCGUGACGACGGCCCUCUGAAAGGCCUGCGACGUGCCAUCUCUUAUGCCAAAGUGGGAUCCAGGCCAUCCCGGCAACUGUGGCUGCUGUUCUACCGUCAAGUCCA